AUGAAGAUAAUGAUCCCCGCGAGCACCGCAACCGCGGUGUUCCUCGCUGCAGCAGCCAGCCUGCUGCUAAGACCUGCGUCGGCCAUCAGCAGCUCAAACCUCGGCAACGAUAUCGUUCAUGUGCACAAGCCCAAUCCGGGUGAUUUCGAAUACUGGGCCCAGGCACAAGACACCACAGCGCCUGUAGCCCACAUAGGGCACCGAAUCGGCCAUGAGACGGACAAAGACGAGGGCGCUGAGAGAGCUACACAAGCCAUGGUGCAGCAGCCCGGCUCCGUGGGUGAACAGACUCCCACACAACUGCCCAAAGACGACAACAGGUAUUCGGCGAUGGAGGGGACGCCGCUGGACGGCGGCUCAGAGCGGGAGCUGAGGCUGAAGAGGUCCGAGGACGGCGGCGAGGUCGUCGGUACGGUGCUUCUGAGUAGGGAGACCAGCGCGGCGCCCACGGUAUUUGGCGUGAGCAUCUGGUUGAUACUCGCUUGGCUGGCUCUACUCUACUUCAUGUACAAGACUGGCUCUAUGUUCUAG